ACUUCACUUGUGUCUCAUUUCACAUUGACUGAAAACUGUUAAAAGCAAAUCAAUUCUUGCAAGAUCUUGUCGUGAUUUCAAUUCUGCCUCUCAACUCAAACCCUCAAAAGACUCAGAUCUCAUUUGAUAUCUCACUGCAAAUUUUCAACAACCUAGAAAUCAGUUUCUCUCAAUCUCCAUGUUUCCCACAAAACCCAUUUCGAGAUUCAUUGUUUUCACUUUAACCCUUGUAUUACUUCUCUCUUUCUUCACCACCACCCUUGUCAAUGCCUCUAAUGUCGACACUGAAAACGAUGAUGAGGUGGAUGAAGAUUUGGAAGAACUUAUAGCAUUAGAUGAACAACAGGAGGAUACGUCUCACGUGGGUGGUGCGGAUGCGAAAUUCUCUGAGGCAGAGUUGUUAUCGAAGGCUCAAAGGAUUGUUCUUGAGUUGAAUUCUGAUAGUUGGACAAGGGUUGUCGAGGGAAAUGAGUUUGUGUUGGUUCUCGGAUAUGCACCUUGGUGUGCAAGAAGUGCCGAGCUUAUGCCUCAGUUUGCUGAGGCUGCAACUUCACUUAAGGAGUUAAAAAGUCCUAUAUUGUUGGCUAAAAUUGAUGCUGAAAGAUAUCCCAAGGCAGCUUCUUCGCUUGGGAUCAAGGGGUUCCCCACUUUGUUACUUUUUGUCAAUGGCACCUCUCAAGCUUACACUGGUGGAUUUUCGGCAGCAGAGAUUGUGAUCUGGGCAAGGAAGAAAACUGGUGUACCUGUUAUUAGAAUAAACUCUGUGACGGAGGCAGAAGAAUUUCUCAAGAAGUACCCCAUGUUUGUUCUCGGCUUAUUUGAUAAACUUGAGGGACCUUAUUAUGAAGAGUUUGUGAAAGCAGCAACCUCUGAUAAUGAAAUCCAGUUUGUGGAAACAAGCAAUGUCGAGGUUGCAAAGGUUCUCUACCCAGAUCUCAAAGCUGCUAAUCAUUUCCUUGGAUUUGUUAAGAGUGAGCCAGAAAGAUAUACUGAAUAUGAUGGGGCCUUCGAAGUGGAAAAAAUAUUGGAGUUUUUGGAGUAUAACAAGUUUCCGUUAGUUGUCAAGCUGACUGAAAUAAAUAAUAUCAAAGUUUAUGCUAGCUCUAUUAAUCUUCAGAUUUUUGUUUUUGCCGAGGCUGAUGAGUUGGAGAGUCUUCAUGAGCCUCUUCAGAAUGUUGCAAGAAAGUUCAAAGGAAAGAUAAUUUUUAUAUCUGUGGACAUCAAGGACGAAAACCUUGCGAAACCCUUCUUAACUUUGUUUGGGCUUGAAGAAUCAACAAACAUGGUGGUGACUGCCUUUGAUACCAAAACCAGCUCAAAGUUUUUGCUAGAGUCAGAUCCAACACAAAGCAAAAUUGAAGAGUUUUGCUUGAGGCUUCUGCAUGGGACUCUGUCUCCUUACUUCAAAUCACAGCCAAUACCAGAUAAUACAGAUGCAAGUGUGCAGAUCGUUGUAGGAAAGACAUUUGAUGACUUGGUUUUGAGAAAUCCGGAGAAUGUUCUUCUAGAGGUAUAUACACCAUGGUGCAUCAAUUGUGAGACAACUAGCAAGCAAAUGGAGAAGUUGGCAAAGCACUUCAAGGGUUUAGAUAAUCUGGUCUUCGCAAAGAUCGAUGCUGCUGGAAAUGAGCAUCCAAAGCUGCAGAUAGAUGACUAUCCAACACUUCUUUAUUACCCAGCGGAUGAUAAAGCAAAUCCGAUCAAGCUUCCAGCAAAGCAAAGCUCGAAGGACUUGGCAUCAUUUAUCAACAAGCGAUUGAAAAACCAAGAUUCAGGUCCCAGAGAUGAAUUAUAGAACAUGGUACUAUAUAUACUCUUUAUCAGAAAAUAGAAAGCACAGAGAAAAAAGAGGAGGGAGAAAUAGAAGAAAGAAAACGUUUGAACUCGUUUAUCAGUAAAUCAUGAUGGAAAUAUUAUCCAAAUGCUUACAGUUUUCCAAAUUUGCUUAGUUUUACUUGAUCUAAGAGCUGAGUUAUACUAUUCCAGCAGACUUGUCUAAUAACGUUCAAGAUAGGAAUUUUGGCUCUCUUGCAGUCUGAUUUUACUUUGUCUACGGGGAUGAAAAAACACUCCUUGUAAGAUUGGUAUUGAUGUCAAGUGUGUCGGUGGUUGGAUUCUUGAAACGACAUUUUUAUUGGCUAUGAAACUGUAUAAAUUUUUAUGAUUCACAUAAAUUUAUAUGUUUUGAAUCUCA